AUGCCUGAAAAAUCAACCGAAAAACGACCAGUAGCAACAGACGAUGCUGAACUCAACAAAACUACAAAAAAGCAAAAGAAAGACAGCGAUACAAUCCCAAUUCUUCGUGGUCGCUUCAAACAACGAUGGUUAACAAAGCACUCACAUUUGUUAAAACGUUCAGAUGAUGCUAGUGGUAUUUUAGUGUCGUGUAGUGUAAAUGCGGAGACCCGUGCUCUAGGCCAGGUAUCUACUUGCCUGGAGCAUUAUAUUACAAAGUUGUUCCCUGAUCACUCAAGUACCUGGGUUAGAUUUGAGGGCAAGCUUGACAUUGAUCAAAUUGAUUUUGACGACGAGGAGAAGACAGCUGAUCAGAAAGAGGAUAAAGCAGAGACCGAGAAAGAACGCAAAGAAAAGAAGUUUCAAGCUAUCGAUGCUGCUUGUGGAGGGCUUGUGUUUUACAGAUUUAGGAUCGAUGUCAAACCCACUGAAUUUGUGAUUAAAUUGAUGGAUCACAUUAAGCAAUUGCCUGAUAAAGAACGCGAGCAAGAGUUGGGAAAGCUUCGCCAUUGUGCUAGAUGGAUUCCUUUAGAUUACAUCUGCCCUGCUAUUACAGAAAGAAUUGCUUCAUGUUUUGAGAGAGUCAAGGCAGAUUAUUUCAACACAGAGGGUGACACUACAGAGGAUACAGUAGCCAUCAUCACAGAAAUCCGCAACAACAUCAUGAUUAAGAAAGAAGAAAUCAUUCAAACCAUCGCACCUCUUAUACCGCCCAAAUACAGAGUCAAUCUCAAGAAACCAACAUAUGUGAUUUUCGUUACAGUUUUCAAGAGUGCGUGCGGAAUUACAGUGUUGAAAGACUAUUACGAACGAAAGAGAUACAAUCUAGUUGCCUACUGUCAAUAA